AUGCUGGUAGAGGAAGACUCAACCGGUAGUAUUCCAGUGUACGACAUCAAUAUAGCAUCUGUCAACAUCUUCACAGGAUUUGCAAUCCUGUUGGAUUCUGUUACAACCUCUUCAUGGGAUGCUGAAGGGUCAGACUUACAAGAGACAGCUGAAGUUAACAGAAAAACAGCCAGCACAGCUUUCAAGUCAAUCAGCAAUGUGCUUAACAUGUACUACACCCUGAUGCCGGUUAAUGGGAGUGCCUCACUUGAGAUGACAUCGCUUCAUGCCAAGGUCCUGAAGGAACCUUGUCAAGUUUCCAAGAAGAAGUUCACAGUCAACGACACCGUGUUUGUAGUCCCAGCAUUCAGCACCCUCGGAAACAGCUCUGAGGGGGCAGAUAGCUUUGGAGUGGAGAUAAUCAACUCCGACUUCAACCCUUUCCGGUACUCGGAAAACUCCCCUGACAUUGGUUCGGAGGUGGCAGGUCUGACCGUGUGGCAGGGACGAGACGGACGCCCGGUGCACCAGCUCCCAGACCCUGUGGACAUGAUCAUCCCCAGGGACAAACAGCGCACAACAAGUACUGUGUUCAAGUACACAGGCAGGGUCAGAGGCAGUGACGACAUCCUUAGAACCAGGACUACACUCACCAUCUUCCUCAACAUCAACAGCAGCAGCCAACCAGACCUGGACAUGCCACGCAUGCAGUUGGUGUUGCAGAGGGCGUCACAGCCGACUGUCGACAGCUUUAAAACUGCCAAAUGGACAGCUGUGCUGCCUGUUCCACAGGACCAACUGUACACACUACAGCUGCAGCACACAUACAACAAUACAAUUCUGACGUCCAACCCGUACUCGUGGCUUCUGCCGCCUGAAGCUCUGCAUGUUACAGAGUUGGACAUACAAGACGAGACGCCGUUCUUCUUAGGUGUGAAGUAUGCUGGAGAGGACACCAGUGUCACAGUGUCUAUAUUGGAAAGUGCAUGUGUCUACUUCGGAGAGAACUCCUCCCACCUAUGGGAACAUGACGGAUGCGAGGUAAGUGGCCCACUUUCCAACAUCACCCACCUCCACUGCCGCUGUGACCACCUGACCAAGUUUGCCGGGUUCGUCCCGCCCAAUCCUAUCGACUUCACGCCGAGUGGAAACUUCUUCGAGAACCCGAUAGGACUCAUCGCAGUCCUGACUGUGUUUGGUCUGUUCCUGCUCGGAUAUCUGAUGGCAAGAAAGGCAGACAGACUGGACCUGACAAAGGUGGGUGUGACCACACCAAUCAGUCACACGUUAAACCCUGACCCUGACUACUGUUACAUAAUCACUGUCUACACUGGCUUUCGCCUGGACGCCGGCACUACGGCACAGGUUUCCAUCACGGUGUUCGGCUUCCGUGAUGAGAGCCAGCCUCUGGCCCUGCAGGACGCCCGCCGUCAGCUGUUCCAGGGCGGCAGUGUGGACUCCUUCCUGGUGUCUUGUGAGAACCCCCUGGGACCGCUCACACACAUCCACGUGUGGCACGACAACACCGGCCCCAGUCCAGCAUGGUGGCUAGCUCUAGAUGAAGAUGACGGAAAAAUCGACCGCAUGGUCUUUGUAGCGUCACCAGAGGAGAUGGCAGCACUCUCCAACCUGAUCACUGAAAGGGCUGCAAAAGACUUCCAUGACGGCCAUUUGUUCUACUCCGUGGUUGGUCGUCCCGCCCGCAGUACCUUCACCCGCACCCAGCGGCUGUCCUGCUGCCUGUCCACGGUGUACAGCACCAUGCUGGCCAACAUCAUGUUCUUUGGGCAGGGGGACAACUUCGACCCGCCGCAGCCCGUCCGCAUCAUGGGCGUGGAAAUAGAUCCUCCAAUCUCCCUACCACAGAUCAUGAUCGCAAUUCAGAGUGCGGUCAUCAUCUUUCCCAUCAAUGCGCUGAUUGUGCUGCUGUACAGAAACGCUGUUCCGAAAUCAGGCAGCACACUACUGAGAAAACAUGCUGACACAACAGCCGGACUGCUGGCAUUCGCUGUCAGCUUUGUGGCCGCGUACUUCACGGUCCUGUACACGCUGAACUUCGGACGUGAGAAGGCGGAGGCGUGGUUUGCUGCCUUCAUCACGUCCUUCCUGACAGACCUGAUCCUGAUCCAGCCUGUCAAGGUGCUGGCUCUCGCUGCCAUCCUGGGAUUUCUAAUCCGGAAACCAGCAACAGACGACGACCCGCCGCCCACAGAAGCGGCCGGCGAUGAAGAGUACCUACAGGUGGUGGCUGAGCAGCCUGCUGCUGAAGUCAAUACCAGAAGCCCCCCUUCUGCCGAAGACCUGGCCAGAGACAGAGCUUGCCGCAUCAGGAGGAAGAGAUGCCGCCACAUCCUGCGGGAGAUGGUGGUGUACGGCCUGUUCCUGUCCGUCCUGAUGGUGACGUCUUACACAGAGAGGAGCAACCUGGCCUUCUACAUGAACAACUCCAUCAGGAGAGCUCUGGAGGGCGCUGACACAUUCUUAAAGAUAUCUGACCCUGCGUCCUACUGGACAUGGCUGGAGCAGGACGUCCUGCCUGCUGUCCACAGCCCAGCCUGGUACAACGGGAGGCCGUGUGAGGAAAACCUGACUCUGUCUGAACACCUCACACACGCCAUCUCCCCCUUACAACUACGACAGAUCCGCACCACACAAGAACAAGACUGCACUGUUCCGGACGCCAUGGCUCACGUCGCAGCCAGCUGUCUGGAUGAGUACACUGCAAGUAAACUGGACACAGCCAGCUACAGUGGCAACUGGGGCGUGGCAAGGAACGACACAGAUCAUGACAACAGUACUGACAACAGGACCAUCACGUCCCCAUGGGACUACACGUAUGGGGACAUUAGUAAUGGUUUCCUCUACGUUGGGGAGCACGGUGUGUACCCUGGAAGUGGUUACAUCGCCGUCCUGGGCAGGACGCUGAACGACAGCCUGCAGACCCUGGCUCAUCUCCGCUCCAACAACUGGCUGGACAACCGGACCCGGGCGGUCUUCACGGAGGCGGUUCUCUACAACCCUCACGCCAACCUCUUCGCUGUGGUCACCAUGACGACAGAGUUCCACGUCACCGGGAGUGUCUCCAUGGCAACAGAGCUGGUGAUCUUCAGGAUCCACCAUGAAGGCCAGGUCCUGCUGCUGGGCCUGCGGAUGGUCCUGAUCAUCUUUCUGCUCUUCAGCCUGGUCAGGGAAGUCUUGAGGUUCAACACACACGUAUUUGCUUACCUGACGGACCCCUGGAGCUGGCUAGAGAUGCUCAUCAUCUCCACAGGUAUGGCCACGAUGGGGCUGUACUUUCGGGUCCAGAGCAUGACAGAUGAGGUCUCCGGACUCCUGAAGGAGGGACAUGUCCUGUUCCACCUGUACCACACAGCCGCCAUGUGGUACCAGGUGUACACGUACCUGCUCGGCGUGCUCACCUGCUUCACCUUAGUCAAGUUCAUCCGUCUUCUCAAGUUCAACAAGCACGUCAACGCGCUCCUGUACACCAUGAAGAAGACAGCGAAGCCUCUUACCAGCUUCUUUGUCACAUCAGGCAUCAUCUUCACAGCAUUCGCACUGGCAGCUCACCUCAUCUUGGGUAUCACCAUCCUGGGGUACAGCAGCUUGAUGCGCACCUACACCAGCCUUUUCAACAUGAUGCUGGGCUCGUUUCAGUUCGCCGUUUUGGAAGAGAGCUCCCCCGUCUUUGGCCCCGCCAUCUUCCUGUCCUUUCAGUUCACCGCGCAGUUCAUCCUCCUGUCCAUGUUCAUGACUAUCAUCAUGGGCGUGUACAUGGAGGUGAAGGACAGUGACCCCGAGGACGUGGGGAUGAUGGCGUUCCUGUGGGAGGAGGUGUGUGGGGUGGCGCACAAGAUCAAAGCCGCCGCAAACAGGUCUAAACCCCAGCGGCAGCAGCCGGCAGCCAGGGAAGAUCACUUCACUCAGCUGGACCUGGUGAUGCACGGGCUGUUAGAGGAGCUGGACAGGGAUGAGAAAUUUAGACGAGAGAGACGCAGAGAAGAAAGGCGCAGAGAACAGAGACAAAGGCAAGAGAGGGACAGAAUGGUCCGGUACUCUGAAAACUGGUUGUUUGCGUAA